ACGGAUGAACGAUGAACGACUUUUUAUUAUUUCACGAUCCGRAUUGUUUCGUUCACAGGUUUGACCCGACAGUCGACACCCGUUCAUUUUGAUCCGUUCGACCGUUCAUUCGCGUACGACACAUCUCUAUUAGCGAUGAAAACGAAAAAAAAAGGAGGAAGGAGGUUAAAGCGAGAUUGGCGAAGGAAAAUUGAUGUAACUGAUGUUGACACGUAUCUAGAGGGUAAAAGACUCGAGGAACGAAUAGGAGAUCCAUUCAGUGAAAAAAAAGAUGAAGAGCUGUUUCAUAUUGAUACAGGUGGAAAGAAACAAAAGCCUAAAAAAAAAUCUUUGAAUGCCCCUUUGAAAUGUCUAUCAAGCUUGCAAUCAACAUCUGCUAUUGCACCACUUGCUAAAAGAAGUGUAAAAAAAUACAAAAAGAAUAAUAAAAAGGAUGAUGAUUUUGACAAAAACAUUAAACCUCUCAAGAAAACUAUAGUUAAGAAAAAAGAGGCGAAAGAAUUAAAUAAACUGUUGAAGGCUAAAGUCAAAACAUUGCAACUAAAAGAAAUUUCAACUAAAGAUCUCUUUGAUAAAGAUUUAUGGACAAGUUAUAGAGAACCAGGACAAAGAAAAGAUAAACUCAUUAAGAAUGUUAUUAAAUGGUUGCCAAGUGAAGUAUUAAACCAUAAUGCUAAAGUUCUUCCAAAAUUAAGUGAUAAAAAAAUGUCUCAUCCAAGCCAAUCCACAUGCAAAGCAGAAGAUAUGAAAUGUCCACACCCAGGUCUUUCAUACAAUCCCACAAUUGAAGAUCAUGUUUCACUAUUGGCUAAUAUUGCUGAAAAAGAAACAGAAUUGAUAAAGCAUGAAGCUCAUAUGAAUAGAGUUACACAAAAAUUAUUCCAGCAAGUUUCUAAGGAAAAGCAUGAACAAAUAAUAAUUGAAGAAUUGACUGAAGGUCUGCCUGGCUUUACGGAUGAUACAGUUACAGAAGUAAAUGAAGACACUUCUGAAUUUAAAGCCAUUAACCCACCCACAACAAGAGAUAAUCAAAAGACCAUUAAAAAACGUAAGAUCCAGAGGAGAUUACGUAAUGAAGAAAGACAACGUAUGAAUGCUAAAAUUGAAAAAAAGAAAAUUUCAGAUCUUUAUAGAUUACGUUAUAUUAGAGAAGAAUUGGAUGAAUUAGAAAACACAACUAAUAAAAAAAAACUUAAAAGAUUACAAAAGAGACAACUAAAUAAUAUUAGCACCAGGCGUCUAGGAACCAAUAAGUUUACUGAGUCAUUAGAUGCUUUUGCAUUACCAAAAGAUUUAAAAGGUACACUCAGAGAAACUGAACCACAAGGAAAUAUAUUCAAAGAUUGUUUUGAAAGCUUACAAAAGCGUAAUAUAUUAUCUGUUGGGAAAAAACAACUUAAGAUUCAUAAGAAAAAAGUACAGGCAUUUAUGGAUCCUGCUUUUAAAGUAACACCAGACAUGUUAGCAAAGUAUAGUGUAUAAUUUGAUGAUUGAUUAUUGGUGAAGAGAAAAAAACAUAUUUUUGGCAACAUAAUUCAUUAUUAUUAUAUUGAGAGUUAAACUUUA